AUGCCUAAUGUAACAUCAAAGGACACGUCUUUACCACUCUUUGCCGAUGAUUCAAAGUGUUUUCGCCUAAUACUAGGUCAGAAGGAUGGGGAUGAAUUACAAGAUGAUUUAAAUAAAUUAUUGACGUGGUCAUACACCUGGGGAAUGGAGUUUAAUACUAGUAAAUGUAAGGUCCUUAGAGUUGCUCGGAUUAAAUCUGUUUCUGAGAGAGACUAUCACCUUGGAGGAAUAAAGUUAGAACGAGUGGUUGUUGAAAAGGAUCUUGGUGUUUUGAUUAGACAGGAUUUGAGCUGGAAUGAUCAUGUUGAUUUUAUUAUAA